CGAAGACGCGGAAGUUUACAAGCUGCCGGUGGGAACGUCAUUUCUCGUAGUGCUGUCACAGUAUUUAUCAAAGCUUAUAUUGUGCAUAUUUCAAGAUGGAUUUAAGCGAAGAACACACAAAGAAAACACUGGCCAGGUACAAGUUCAGAGACUUGACCAUUGACGAACUCCAGAAAGUUCACAGAAUGAACCCUUCACUGAAGCCGUCGGUGGACACAUACACGUUUACUGACAGCACCCAGAAGGACCUGCUGAAGCUGACGGGCACAGUUCAGGUUAAAUAUCAAGGUCGCUCGUACAACAUGCCUAUCCAGCUGUGGCUGCUGGACUCCCACCCAUUCACCCCCCCCAUGUGCUUCCUCAUGCCUACCCCGAACAUGGUGGUCCGAGUGGGGAGACAUGUGGACGCACGGGGUCGGAUCUACCUGCCGUACCUGCAGAACUGGACUCAUCCCCAGUCGACUGUGAACGGGCUGCUCAUAGAAAUGGUAGCCAAAUUUGAAGAAGAUCCCCCUCUUGCUUCAAAGACUAGAGAUGACACAGACUCGGCCGAGCUCAUGGCUUUCCUGGCGAGGAUCUCUGGAGGUGUGUCUGACAUGACCCUCCAAUCAGCAGUCGGAGUGGGUGGGGACAGAGCUUACAGACCAAUUAACAAAGUCACAGUGGUUGGGGGUGGAGACUUGGCCAUGGCCUGCGUGAUGAGCAUUUUGGCAAAGAGCAGUGUGGAUAAGCUGGUGUUGAUCGAUGUUUCAGAAAGUGCCUCUAAAGGAGGAACCAUGGACCUGGAGAUCUUCAACCUGCCGAAGGUGGAGAUCUGCAGAGAUUUCUCUGCCAGUGCCGGUUCCAGGGUUGUCGUGGUAGCAGCAAACUCCUGGAGUAAUGACCAAUCAUAUGUGAGUGUUGUCCAGACAAAUGUGGACCUGUUCCGAGGCAUCAUCCCCACUGUGGCUCACUACAGCCCCAGUGCAGUGCUGCUCAUCACCUCCCAGCCAGUUGAUAUCAUGACCCACGUGGCAUGGAAGCAGAGUGGCCUCCCUGCAAACCGUGUCCUAGGAGCAGGGUGUAACCUGGACUCGGAGCGCUUCCACUACAUUCUCUCCAGUUUACUGAAGGGACAGCCAGCCGGGAAAGCCUGGGUUAUUGGGGAGCUGUCAGAGAAUAAAGUUGCUGUGUGGAACAGACCUGCGAUGGCCACUGACAACCUACCUGACUCGCAGAAACAGCUUACAGACAGGGCUGUUGAGAUGCUGAAGGGGAAAGGGCAGCGCUCCUGGUCUGUGGGUCUGUCCAUAGCAGACCUGACACACAGCAUUCUGACAGACCUGAGGAAAACCCACUGCGUCUCCACACUGGCAAAGGGCUGGUCCGGAAUCAGCGGAGAGGCCUUCCUGAGCCUGCCCUGUAUGCUGGGUGCUGGGGGGGUUGCAGAGAUAUCCACGCUGGAAGUGGAAGAGGAAGAGGGGGAUAAAGUGAGAAACAGUGCUGUCUCACUGCACAACUUCCUUCAGCAGCUGAGAAUUUAACAGCAACAAUGUCUCCAAUACAAACAGAUACAGAACCCUUUCACAGGAUAAACACUAUCUUCAAUACACGCAGAUACAGAACCCUUUCACAGGAUAAACACUAUCUACAACACACACAGAUACAGAACCCUUUCACAGGAUAAACACUAUCUUCAAUACACGCAGAUACAGAACCCUUUCACAGGAUAAACACUAUCUACAACACACACAGAUACAGAACCCUUUCACAGGAUAAACACUAUCUUCAAUACACGCAGAUACAGAACCCUUUCACAGGAUAAACACUAUCUACAACACACACAGAUACAGAACCCUUUCACAGGAUAAACACUAUCUACAACACACACAGAUACAGAACCCUUUCACAGGAUAAACACUAUCUUCAAUACACGCAGAUACAGAACCCUUUCACAGGAUAAAGCUGCUGCUAAUGUGCAUAAGUGUUCCCAGUACCUACUUAUAUUGCUAUGGGAUAUAACAAAAAAAAAAUGUGCUUCUUCUCUAUGGUGAGAUAAACAGUUUGAUUGUAAUAUACUGGAACUUCACAGGAAAAUUCAUAUCAGUACAGGUACUGUUUGAAUUGAUAGAUUCAUAUGUAAAUCUGUGAGGGUUAUGGUGCUCGCAAUAAUUCAAUAUUGGGAAUUUAUUAAGUAAGCACUAGCAUGGACCACAUGAUGAAUAGUAGAUACGUUUAGUAUUUUAGAUGAACCACCAAACUGGUGAAAACAAAACCAGAGGAAACCUAUAGCUCAACACAAAUUAAAGCACUACACAAAACUUGUGUGUACUUGACUUGAAGUUUUACUUUUAAAAAAAAAAAAUGUUACAGAUGAGUAAGUUAACUUCUUGUGUGGCACUUAUAAGGACCUGUAGCAUGUGUCAGGUGGGUUCCUAAUACCUGCUACACAGGAAGUGAACAGGCACAGGAUAUUUACCCAUCCAGUUUUCUGUUCUAAUGAAUUAAAAACUACAGUGUGUUAAAUGAAGGAUGUUUUCAGUAGAUUUCUGUCUUUAAAGGUCUAAAGUGGACUUAUUUUUUUCUAAAAUGUAUUUGUGUCUUUGGGCUGGGCAUAUACAAGUUAAGUGCUUGUUGACCAUAUUACUGUAUGUUAAAGUUGACCUUUCUCUCAAAUGACUUGCUUCUAAAUAAAAGCUUGCAUAUUAACAAUAUGGGGAUCACAGAAGAGCAGUGGAAAUGUAAAGCUGAGGUGUUCACCCAACAUGUUUUUAAAAAUGAUUACGCAUUACACAAACUUUGAGUUAUUUCAACAGGAAUACAAAGAUUUGUAUUUAAAGUAUGCCAUUUAUGUGGGACUUCCCUUUUUAAAAAUGCAGAAUACCAAAUAAAUAUGUUGUGUGUUUGUGAAAUGUUCAUGAGUUCCACAUACAACCCCAUUGAUGUGAUGUUAACUACAAGUACCUAAUGUUAUGUAAAAUAUUUGGAUAGGUGUGGCUGAACUAUUGUUGAGAGGUUUAAAAAACAGUUUUAUGGCAAACACCUGAUUUCCAGGUCAGAUAGUCCCUGAGAUAUGACCUUGAGAAAUUCCUUUUGGAGUUGAGGGGCUCCUGGGGAUUUAGUCUGGUCUUAUUAAUGAAAUUAUAUUAAAAUCAGUUAAACAGUUUAUCAUUUUUACAUAGCUGUCUCAACUUGAAUUUCACAGGUUCUAAUUAGCACAACUUAUUGACUGUCUGACAUUACCGGACAAUAAUGUUUUAACAGGUUAUUUUAAACAAAAUGUAGUAAGAUUGAUGCUACCUUUAACUCAAAUGAACUGCUGCAUACCUAUUAGUAUGAGAUGUAUGCAUCCUAAGACAUUUCCCUCUCCAGACCUGAGAGGGCAAUCACAAUGGAAUUGUGAUUUUAAGGACUUUUAAGGAAGUUUGUGUGUGUGGUAAUUUUGGCAAACAGUGCUACUCCAAUUGUAAUUGAACCCAGGUCUGUCCCUCACGCAGUGCCUCAGAUGUUUAAAAUGGUUCUUGACAGAUCAUCAUAAGCUGCAUGCCGCAGUGGCCCUUGCUUAAGAACUAGUCUUUCAGAUACUAAGUACUGCAAGAAGCUAUUCUAAUGCUGAAGAUAAUAUGUAUUUUAUAUAGUAUGUAAAAGAAUGUGCAGUGUUUGGUAACAUGCUCUCAUAUUGAGCAUUUGAU